AUGGCAUGUAUCGUGCACAUGAAUAUUUCAGAGGAGAAUAUUACAGCACAAAUGGAAGUUUUGUCUUUUGAGGAACUUGCAAAGCGACAUACAGAAAUAAGUCAUGGUGGUCGAUUCAAACCUCUGGGUUGUAUUGCUCGUCACCGAGUGGCCAUCAUUGUGCCCUAUCGCGACCGAGAGUCCUACCAGAAGAUCCUACUCAACAACCUUCACCCCAUGUUGCGACGACAACAGCUGGAUUAUGGCAUUUUCGUUGUUGAACAGGCUAUGCCAGGCACAUUCAACAAAGCCAUGAUGAUGAACAUAGGCUAUACAGAGGCAUUAAAGGAAUUUGACUUCCAGUGUGUCAUCUUCCACGAUGUGGAUCUACUCCCAGAGAAUAACAAGAACCUAUACACGUGUCCUGAGAUUCCACGUCACAUGGCAGUCGCUAUUGAUAGGCGUAAAUACAAGUAA